AUGUUCUCAAAAGUCAAUAUUGGAUUCGUGGCGAUACUUUUGCUUGCAUCUUCGGAGGAGGUUCUUGGCCGUCUGAGAUGGCCGGAGAGAGACAACAAGGCUGUCUUCCUUCACCCUCGACGUUUUGGACAAGAGCAUCCAGCUGUUAUAGACAAGCUGAGCGCCGCCUGUCCCGGAGAGGUUUGUGGCACACUGGCUGGUGCCGCCAUCACUCCCUUGUUGGCCGCCCAGCCAGAAUGCUCUCAACAAGAUAUGGCCGAUCAAAUCAUUGAUGCCGCUGCCCAGUUUGACGCUGAUACGCAAGCAAACAUGAUAGAACUGGCCGUUGAAUAUCGUCAGGCAGAGAAGAAUACCCCUCCUGACUUCUCAACUCAGUCUCAGACGCUUCGCAACUCUGUCUUUUGUCAGACUGCACCUAAGAACUCCCAGCUGAAUAGUUUGGUACAAGCUCAGGAUCCUGCCAAUGAUCCUAAUCUGUUCUUUGACCCUGCUCUCGGUGCUACCGUCGAAUUGGGCUCGCAGGCUAAUACAUUCCCAUUUGGAACGAACGGAACUGAUACUUCCAGCAGUACCAAUAACACAUCAACUGUAAGUGCAGCUAGCGAGACCGCCCAAGCAACUGGAAUCACCACUGCUACUAAGUCUGCAACGGAAAUCACUGGCACCGGCGUUUUGGCCGUAGAUCCAUGUUCUGUGGUCACAGUUACGGUCUCCGGCAGCGCGACAGCCACAGCCUCUGGUGCUGUUACAGUUUCCGUCGGCACUUCAACAGGAGCAACACCUACGUCCACGUCGGGUUCUGCUAUCGGCAACUUUGGUUCCUGCUCAGUCCCCCAAAUCGAAUUCGGUGUAGGAUUUGACAACCGCAAAGAAACCAGCUUCGAGCCUGUUGAUAAGCAAUCCUACAAUCACGGUUCUGCUCAGGCGAUCGGAAUCAUUGCUCAGUUCAUUUGUGAUACGCUCGUUAACUCCUGUGGUGCUGACGCAACUGCACAAGCUACUUGCGCAAAAGCAGAAGCAGCUGUCAACAAUGCUCCCGCUGAGACUGGUGGUCAGGCUGACGACUUCAAUGCUGUAUUUGGCAUCACAACAAAUUUCGCAUCCGUGGCCGCUGUUGAUGACCAGGGAAAUGUCAUUGAAGGGACAGGCUCCAGCUCGAGUAAUGCUAACACUGGUAGCACCGCCAGCACAAGCGAUUCUCCUGCUACUACGGUCGCCACAUCCCCAGCCGUGGCCAAUGCUACUGCCGUUUCAUCUGCAUCACAGUCAACAUCAACAUCGUCCUCUUCAACGUCUUCGUCCAUUGGGAACUUUGGUUCUUGUACAACUCCUCAGAUCAAGUUUGGCGUCGGCUUUGAUGGUCGGAAAGAAACUAGCUUUGAACCUGUUGAUCUUCAAUCAUAUAACCAUGGAUCGGCACAAGCCAUCGGUAUCAUCACCCAAUUUAUCUGUGAUCAGCUCGUCAAUUCCUGCGGCGCGGAUGCUACUGCACAAGCUACUUGUGCGACGGCUGAGGCAUCUGUCACCAGUGCAGCCAAUGAGACUGGUGGUCAAGCCGACGCAUUCAAUGCCGUCUUUGGUAUCAAGACUGACUUUGCGGCUGUCGCCGUUGUCGAUGAUCAAGGAAACACUGUAUCUGGAACCGGAUCUAGUACCACAGUAGCUGAUGUUGCGACCACCACUGCUGCAGCUGCAGUGACUACCCAAGCUGCCGCCACAUCAACCACGGCGAGUACAUUUAUCACUUCCGCUGUAGCUAGCGCGACAAGCACAGCCGUUUCUACCUCUAGUACCAAUCUUCAAACCUUUACCGGCGCCCUUGGCGGGAUCACAGCUCCAGCAGUAACUGGAACCAGUAAUGGUCAAUUCCAAGUCGAAGGGAACUCCGAGUUCAAAGACGUUCAGGAUGCAGUGGUUCGGUCUUGCGACGUUCAAAACAACCAAUGUGCUAACGAGGCAAAUGCUACUGGAAACCAAGGCGAUUUGACUGUCGCUUCUUGUACGGAUCAGCAGACUCAAUGCAGCGCGAACGCCACAGCGUAG